AUGGAACACUCUCGAGAUAGAGCUACUGGUGGAUCUGUUAACAGUCCUCCAUGGUUUGAUGGAGGCUGUGAAAAGUAUACUCAAUGGAAGAUAUACAUGAAAUCGUAUCUAUAUGCACAAGACGAGCAUGUAUGGAAUAUUGUUGAAAAUGGCUGGAAGGUACCUGUGGUUCCAGCUAAAGGUGAAGGUUCAUCUACUGCCUUCCCUAAAUCAAGAAAGGAUUGGACUGAUGAGGAAGUACGUGAUCUUCAAGCUGACUUCAAAGCCAAGAACAACAUAUUCAUCGCUCUCUCUGAACAUGAAAAGCUGAGAAUCAGUCAUUGUGGCAUUGCCAAGCAGGCUUGGGAUAUGCUACAAACUACAUAUGAAGGUAACAAAAAGUGUUGUAGUCUGGGUGCUCCUUUUGAUGAAGAUAAGGUUGUUAAGAAAAUUCUUAGGGCUUUGCUUGAAAAGUUUCAUUCUAAGAAAACUAAGGGCGUAGCCUUGAAGGCUGUGAAAGGGACAGAAGAGGAAGAUGAACCACUAGAUCUUGCUCUUUUGACUAAAGAGUUCAAAAAGUUUCUGAAAAGCAAAACCUCUUCUAGGAAUUCCAAUAUUUCCAGAAAAAACUCCUUCAAUAUUGGUAGCAGUGAUAACCAUGCUAAGAGUGGGAAAGGAAAUUUUAAGGGAAACAAUUCUGGGAGAACCAAAUCUAUGAAUGUGGUGGCUAUGGCCAUAUUUCUACUGAUUGUGGUCGAAAAUAUAGCUUUUGUGUCAUCUCUCUCACUUGAGUCAGAUAGUGAUGAAGGCUUCUCAAAUGAUGAGACUAUUGUCCGCUGCAAACAACUCUAUAAGGCAUCAAAAGCUACACUACUCAAGAAUGCAAAUUUGGAAGAAGAGAUUGACAUCUUAAAAGCUGAGAAAGAUAAGUUGGAGCUUAUGUGGAGAACUUCUCAGACCGCAUGGGAACAAGAAAGAACCAAGAUCACUGAUGAGUUACGCAACUUACAAGGUGACAAAAGUUUACUGAAUUGGAAGACAAAACGUGCUGAUCUCAAAAACAAGAUCAAAGUGCUGGAACUUAAGGUAGAACUAAAGUCCACUCAAGAAAAGUUCACCAAGUUUGAGAUAAGCUCUGGAGUUGCAUCCAAAUUAUUUGGUUCGGGAAAGGCACAUCAUGACACUUUUGGACUUGGCUAUUCUGAAGAAAGUUCCAGAAGUACACGAUUUGUGAAGGAGAUGAAUCCAGCUGUGGAGGAGAGUGACUUGUCCACUGAGGACAUUAAGGAAACUAACACAGUGCCAAAGGAAAAAAAUGAUAAGCAACCUAAACAUCAUCAGAAUAUCAAACAGAAGGUGCUUAUUAAUAAAUUAGCUGAUUUGAUCACUAAUGUGAACAUGCAAACAACAACAAGGAAACCUGUUUGGAUUAGGAAAGAUAUGAAUAAUUUCCUUCUUGCUCGCACUGAUUUCUCUGAUUCACUUGACUCUAUUGAUGCUACUUGUCUCGUGGCAUGUGUAAGUACAGAUAACACAACAACACACAUUGAGGCAACUUGCCUUGUAGCACUCACGGCCCUAGCAGACAAGCGAAGGGACUUUUGGUAUGUCGACAAUGGUUGCUCCAGACACAUGAUCGAAGAUAAGGCUUGGUUUUCUUCAUUUCAAGAUGAAUGCACUUCAGGUUCAGUUACGUUUGGUGAUGGAAGGAAAGCUAAGAUUCUUGCACGAGGCACUGUCAAUACUCCUGGCGUACCUAAUCUCAAGAAUGUUCCGUAUGUUGAAGGUCUAACUGCUAAUUUAAUCAGUGUCAGUCAUUUGGCAGAUGAUUAUGAGGACGUUUGGUUCAACAAACAAAGAUGUAUGGUUCUCAAUCAAAAGGGAGAAAGUAUUAUAGGAGGUAAGAGAUCUUUUGAUAAUUGUUAUCACAUUCAAGCUAAUGAAUCUAUGAAUAUGCAGGCAUGCUUCUCAGUGAGAUCCACAGAGGAAACUUUUGAAAUAUGGCACAGAAGGUUGGGGCAUGUGAACUAUCAGGAUUUGCUCAAGCUAUCCACCAAACAAUGUGUCAGAGGAUUACCAGCUCUGAAUGGUAAGACUGACAAGGUCUGUGGAGAAUGCAAAGUUGGGAAACAAACCAAGGCCCUACACAAAGUGGUGAAUUCUGCAACCACCACACAAGUUCUGGAGUUGCUGCAUAUGGAUCUCAUGGGACCAGCUCAAACUGAGAGCAUUGGAGGUAAAAAGUACAUGCUGGUAGUAGUCGAUGAUUUUUCUAGGUAUACUUGGGUUAAUUUUUUAAAAGACAAAGCUGAAACCUUUGAGUCUUUUAAAGGGUUAAGUCAAAGAAUGAUCAUGGAAAAACAGUGGUCUAAUAUUUGCAUGGUAAGAGUAAGGUCUGAUAAUGGCACUGAAUUCAAAAAUGCUGCUUUUGCUAACAAUUUCCAUGAGCUAGGUGUUUCUCAUGAGUUUUCAGCUCCUAUUACUCCACAGCAGAAUGAAAUAGUUGAAAGGAAGAAUAGAGUGCUACUGGACAUGGCUAGAGUAAUGCUCCAUGCUGCAGGCCUAAGCACGAAUUUUUGGGUUGAAGCAAUCAAUACUGCAUGCUACACCAUCAACAGAGUCUUCUUGAGACCUGGAACUGAACAAACAGCUUAUGAGCUGUGGAAAGUCGAGCAUAUAGCUAGGGUUUAUAACAAACGAACUAGGAUUGUUAUGGAGUCUAUUAAUGUGUCUAUUGAUGAUCAAUAUAUUAGACAGAAGGUUGUUUAUGCAGAUGCAUCAUCAUCUUUAAGUUCAGUUUCACAAAACACACCGGCAAGUGAUGAAGGAGAAGAAAAUGUUGACAGCAUCUUUGAACCAGCUCCACAAAUGAGAAGAGGCUUCAAACAAGUUCAGAAGGAUCAUUCUAGUCAAGAUAUCAUUGGGAAAGUGUCAGACGGCCUAAAAACUAGAAGUCAAGCUACUGCACAGUUUGGUUUUGUGUCAUUGGUUGAACCAAAAAAUGUUAAGGAAGCCUUGUUGGAUGAUUACUGGAUUAGUGCUAUGCAGGAAGAGUUGAAUCAAUUUACUAGGAAUGAUGUGUGGUUUAAACUGUUUCAAAUGAAUGUCAAAACUGCUUUCCUAAAUGGGAUUUUACAGGAGGAAGUUUAUGUGGAACAACCUCAAGGUUUUAAAGAUCCAUAUAACUUGGAUCAUGUUUACAGACUCAAGAAAGCUUUGUAUGGACUGAAACAGGCUCCUUGA